AAGAUAAUCUGAAAACGAAGGACCUUGAAAUAUGAUAGAUAAUUAGAUAUAAUAUAUUGUAUAUGGAAUAAUUGAUUCGGGCAAAGUAUACAGUUAGAUGUGUCGUUUCGCUCGUAUUUUACACUUGUUUUAGCUCGAAACAAUUUUACCUACAUAUAAUAUAUAUUCGAGUUGAAGUGAUUUUAUUUUCCGCGGUUGGCCUUUAGAUAUAAAACUGAUAGAAAUGUAUUUUAAUUGUUUAUAUAGGUACUAGGUAAUUAGAAUUAUUACAAAUUAUAGUUUAAUGAUUUGAGUUGCAUAUAGUUACAAGAUGAAAAAUAAAUUGACGAAGGAGUGGUUUUUCAAAACAAAAUGGGGAAACGUUGCAAUGAUCAGCUGGGGUGAUAGACAUCGGCCUGGGGUCUUACUUGUACAUGGGUAUAUGGACUCAGCUGCUACUUUUGAAGCGCUAGUCUCUUUGCUUCCAGACACAUACCAUUAUGUCAGCUUCGACUUUCCUGGGCAUGGAAAGUCGGAUCAUGUGCUGAGUAACCUGCUAGUUCCACAGGGGCUUGUGGUUGAAAUAAUAAAGGAAAUAGUAAAACAUUUGCAAUGGAGAAGCUUUGUUUGUAUCGCACAUUCAAUGGGCUGUGCGAUAGUUACUCUAUAUCAGCAUCUUUAUCCCGGCAGAAUCACGAAGAUGAUCCACAUUGAUCCUCUGGUUGCAUUGACUGUGUAUUAUUAUUUCAAUGAAAUCCAUGGUUUUUGGUUUCAGUGGUAUUAUGAGUAUUACUAUGACCACUACUUCUUGUACAAUAGCGCACCACCACGUCUGUAUACACGAGAGCAGCUCAUAGAAUCUACUAUGGUCACACGUCAUUUGACUCGCGAACAAGCGGAAAUUGUACUGUCCAGAUCACUAGUGCCCGUUGAAAAUGGGUUAUUCAGGGUAUCAACCCAGCCAAUAAUGCGCCGAAUGAUCAACUUGCCUGCAUUUAAAGACGCCUUUAGCCGGAUUCUUCAACACAACAUUCCACCAACACUAUGCAUACACGCAACUAAGUCUGAAAUUCCUAAGGCAGAAAGAGAAUUUGUGGACAAGUUCUUUAGAACAGACAAAAAAAGAUUGAAUGUCUAUUUUGACGCACAUCACGACUUGCAUAUAACUCAUGCUAGUGAUUUGGUCCCAACUAUACUCAAUUUUUUGAAUAGGAAAAGUGUUGAAGCAAAAUUAUGAUGAAAUGAAACAAAAAUUACAGUGUAUUAUUUGUUCUUAUCUUGUGACAUAUUGGCUGUACGUAAGCCUUGUAAAUAAAUAACGUUAAUUACACCACUCUUUAUAAGGUUUAUGGCAUAGAAAUAUGAAAGCGAAUAAAAUUUACAUCCAGUUAUAACAUGUACAUGAAGCUUAAAACCUUGGACUAAAGUUAAAAUGUAAAAUUUUAAUGGCUCUCUUGUUUGCUAUGCAAGUAAUUUUGUGUAUAAGAGACGAAAAAUACUUUAGAUUGUAUAAACAAAGUUGUUGGGUUUCUUCAGUUAGCCUCCUUGUCUAGUCAAAACCUUCACAAAAUUAUUUUUUAUUAUUAUUUCUUAGUCGGAGACGUCAGCGUACAAGGUACCACAAAACUUUAUCUAAAUUGACUUCUGUGAAGGCACUAGACUAAUAAUAAGUCCUCACAUACUGGACCAUUUCAACUAAUUGCCUUAUUAUGAUGGGAUGUGGAUAACCCUAAGUUGGAGGUGGUCAGUAUUUGCCCUUAUCUUUUAGAUCAUCUUUAGAUACCUUGUACAUAAUAUAUAACCUAAAUAAAUGCAGCAUAUACAUAGGACACUAUGUACGUUUUAGCU